ACUACACGCUCCUCCCCCUCUCCCUAAAUAUCAUUUCCCAUCUCUGCAACUCCAUCACUCUAAACAAUGGCACCUCUCUCUCUCCUCCUCCUCCUCGCCAUGCUCAUGCCCUCCCACUCCACCACCCACCCCCAAGACGUACAAGCCCUAAAGCAGCUCAAACGUACAAUCUCCCCAAGCACAAUCCCCCCUUCCUCCUGCAUCUCCUCCUGGGACUUCUCCCUCGACCCCUGCGACUCCCUCUUCUCCGCCAAAUUCACCUGCGGCCUCCGCUGCGACGCCUCCUCCAAUUCCGAUUCCAAUUCCACCCUCCGCGUCACCGACAUCUCCCUCGACCCCGCCGGCUACUCCGCCCCCCUCUCCUCCAUCCCCUUCUCCUCCCUCCCCUUCCUCCAAACCCUAGACCUCUCCUCCAACAACUUCUCCGGCCCCAUCCCCUCCUCCCUCUCCCUCCUCCCCCUCCUCCGCCGCCUCUCCCUCUCCCGCAACUCCCUCUCCGGCCCAAUCCCCCCCUCCCUCUCCUCCCUCUCCCUCCUCCAGCAACUCUACCUCGACAACAAUCUCCUCACCGAUUCAAUCCCCCCUCUCAAUCUCCCCAAUUUGAAUCGCCUCGAGCUCCAAUCGAACCAGCUCACCGCCUCCCUCCCCGACCUAACCCUCCUCCCAAACCUCAAUUUCCUCGACGCCAGCGACAAUUCCCUCUCCGGCGCCCUCCCCUCCUCCCUCCCGCCCUCCCUCAUCGAGCUCGUCGCGCGGAACAACCAAUUCGACGGCGAGAUUCCGUCAAUCGAAGCGCCGAGUCUGCAAGUGCUGGACCUGAGUCACAACAAACUCACCGGGUCGGUCCCAGCGAGUUUCUUCACUCACCCAAAUCUGGAGCAGCUAACGCUGUCGUUUAACCAACUCGAAUCCGUAGAAACACCCGCUGAUUCGGGUCUGACCAGCCCGCUUAUCUCCGUUGACUUGAGCAACAACCGGGUCCGCGGGUUUUUACCCGGGUUCAUGGGCCUCAUGCCGCGGCUGUCGGCCCUCUCGUUGGAGAAUAACGAGCUCACCGGCCCGAUCCCGAUUGAAUACGCUAUGAAGGUGUUGGGUUCGGGUUUGGGGUCGGGUUCGGCCCAAUUCGAGAGGCUGUUGUUGGGAGGGAACUACUUGUUCGGGGCGAUUCCGGGCGGGUUUUUGGAUCUCAAAGCGGGUUCCUUAACGGUUCGGUUAGGGGAUAACUGCUUGUACCGGUGUCCGUUGAGAUAUUUCUUUUGUGAGGGAGGGGUACAAAAGUCAUUUGAACAGUGCAGGGCUUUGGGCCCAUUUGUACCUUGAGUUGGUCCCUAGCAAUUAAAUUUUGCAGAAUGUAUAAUAAUUUCAUUCAUUUA